CUUGUCAGUACCUUGCGAAACAAAGAGAUUCACCCCUCAAUUUUUUUCUGAAAAUCCUCAAGAAGAUGUAUAAUAAUGCUCCACGUAUGGGAAUUCCUCUCAAAUCUCAAACCCCACCUGGGAUUGGUCCGACCACUUAUAUAAUAUGCGACGAAAGAUCCCGACUAAAAAAUCGAGUACCGUUUCUCAGUACUGAAGAUAAAACUCCGAAGUUUAUAGCCAAAACGUUUUGCGAUACUUUUUAUAGUGUUCCUGAAAGCUCCAACAUCAAAUUGGGCUCCUCGCCGAGAAACAAAGCUCCCAGAUUCACUUACUCAGGGGCGGACUCCCCCGGGCCGGGCGCGUACGACCCUGAGCCUGAGCCGCCCCUGUGCCCUGAGGGAUUCAAGCGGCCGCCCUCACGCGGUAGGCUGUACGUCUGCAGGGUGCCCUACACCCUCAAAGGGUGCGGGCCGUCGGUGCCUACUAAGAUCAACGAGAACGGGUACUUGCUGAAUGCAGAGGGGGAUGUUGUAGCCAUACCGCCUACUGAGAAGGAGGGUGCUGCUUUUUAUGAUAUUUCUGAGAAACCUGCCUACCUGGAUCGAUAUAAGGGUUGCAAAUGGUCGCAGAGAACUUCGAAACGUUCCUUCACGAAUCCCAAAGCAGGUCCCGGUCCAGCCGACUACGAUGUUCGCCUUCCCGAAUGCGCCAGAGACGUUGAAAACGACAAAUUCCGAGAGAUGGCGCGGCUGUUGACGUUCCUGCCGAGGUUUCUUGAUGCGCAAGACAUGAAGUUGAGGAGAGAGAAUUUGCCUGGUCCAGGCCAAUACAACAUUCGGGCUAAUCAAGAACCGUGCAAAAUGUGUCCUGGUAUUUUCCCCAGGCCGUUCAUCAGAGGUAGUCCAAGAUUCAAAGAAAAUAUCUUGGAAAAUCCUUCGCCGGAUGCUUACGAUGUUGCCGGUUCUGCGAGGAUAUUCCGAACAAGCUUGGCACCGUUUCAUGUCUCUGCUAGCAGAUUUUCCAAGAAAAAAACAGCUAGAACGCCAGGUCCUGCAGAGUACGAUACUAAUCGGCCUUUUUCGGAAAAAGAAUCAGCCAUAUUUCGGGCUCCCUUCAACAAUUCGGCAUUGAGAAACACGAUCGAUUUGAAAAAAGACGCCGCCAUUACUCCAUCGCCAGCAGAAUAUUCUAUUGGCAAUGGAAACAAGUGCAAAAUACUGAUCUCGAGCGUGUUCAAGUCCAAAGUGAAAAGAUUCCCUAAGCGGUGCAACAAGUUGAAUGAAAUGAGUCCAGCCCAUUACAAUCCAACUGACUCAUUCAAUUACACGAAGAAUCGACAGUCCCACAACAUCUUGGCAUUGCCAUUCAACGAAGUAGAUAGGAAACGUGGCUUUCUGGACAGCCUCAACUAUAAUAAUCCUAGUCCUGCUGAUUACCUGAGCCAAGGAUAUAUUGACUGCAAAGGACACUUCAUACCGAUCACCAAAAGAUUUGUGAGUGGCCGAGAUGCAACGCCUGGACCUGGAACGUACUGGAUCCAUCCGUAUUUCGAAAAUAGCGUCCACAAAGCUUUCACGACCCACAAUUCGAAGAUCAAGAAAGACAUGGUGAAAAACAUGUUGAAGUAUCAGGCAGAAGAUGCUAGUGAGAUAGGGGAUCCGAAGAAACAAAGAAAGAUGAGAUGGUUCGUGAACGAAGGCAAAGGAUAUUCGCACUGCGUGUGAGAAAAUUGAAGUGGAUCGAGAAGUAACCAUUUUCCUGAUGAUCAUACAAUGAUUGAAUUAUUUCAACAGACAAUAAAUUUUCCUCCACUUUG